AUGUCUCGUAUCCAGAUUCCCCUUGACGUCCUGACGUCGCGCCUGAACAUUCAGGACCGCUUCUCGGGCUUCCGCAACACCUCGCUGUCUAGCCGCUUCGCCAACAUGCGCCCCGUCAGCGAGUUUUUCGAUUUCAAGCGCCUCUCCAAGCCCGCAAACUUCGGCGAGGUCCAGUCGCGUGUCAACUACAAUCUAAGCACUUUCUCGAGCAACUACGCUCUGGUCUUUGUGCUUCUCAGCGUCUACGCCUUGAUCACGAACCCCCUCCUGCUCUUCGAUAUCGUGCUUCUGGUCGCUGGUCUCUGGCUCCUGGGACGACUCGGCGGUCAAGACCUCGUCAUUGGCAGCUUCCAUGCCACAUCCUCCCAGCUGUACACCGGUCUGCUCUGCACCUGCGGUCUUCUCUUCAUCAUUGCAUCGCCUUUCUCCACCGUCCUGUGGCUGAUUGGUGCGAGUGGCGUGGUCAUCAUUGGCCACGCUGCUUUUAUGGACAAGCCUAUCGAUGAGGCUUUUUCAGGGGAGGCGGUCUAG